AUGCCCCCGCUCGCACCAGGUGCUAUCGCAGGUCUCGUGCUCGCCAUUCUGGCACUCUUGUCGAUCGUCUCUGCAGCCUGUAUCGUUCUCCACCGCCGUCGCAAGGCCGUCAACUCGAACAUGCCCAUUUUCCAUCCGAGUACACCCGACCUCGAGAAGGCAGGCACACGCUACUCCCCCAGCCUCAGCGGCUUCUCGAACAAGAAGCUCCGCAAGAAUCGGCGCAAGGCCCCUCCUGUCCUCCCCGCUGACCUGGAUCACGACAUCUUCAGCCCCGCGUGCGUCGUGCUGGCUGGCGGGAGCGGUGCAGCCUUUGCCAUAGCUGCGGGCAAUGGCGUGAACCCGUCGUGCUCGACGCUGAACGUGGACAUCUCUCCGUCUCUGCCGCGUGUGUUCAAGGUCAAGACAGAGGGCGGGACAACCUUCGGUAUGGAGGUGCGCGUCACGCCGCCUACGCCGAGCGCUGGACGUGGAGAACUUCCGUCGAGGAGAUCCGAGUUCAGUAUCCGGCGGCUUGUGUUUGGCGGCUCAGCCCACGCAGCAGGAAUGGCUUCGACGGACUCCAGGUGGUGGCACAUGUAG